AUGGAACUACUUCUUUUGAUUGCUGCUGCUGUUUUACUGCAACAAGGCCACACCAUUGUAUUGUCGAGGCGAGAAAGGCGAAGCAAAAAGGCUGCAAACAGCCGAACCAGACCAAAAUGGGAGAUUUAUGUAUUUGGCGCAAAACCAGUGGCGGCUCCGAAAAUGAAUCCGGUGCUCGUAAUACACUAUCAAUGUCACUCGAAUAAGGAGGACAGACGUCGGCAAACGGCAGUGAUUGACAGAAUGCAGAAAUACGUCAGAAGAGGGAUAGAGCGUCCUGUGCCUGUGCAGCUGAUCAAUCUUGGAACAAUCAAGCUUGCAGAAUUUGCAAAAUUGAACCGUAACUACUAG